GAAUAUUCCAUACGAACCAGAUACACAUAGGGACAUUUUCCUUCCGCUUUCCUGUCUUUCGUUUUUCUUCCUUCACCAUUACAAAUGAAAAUCAUUCCCAUCCAGGUGUUGGAAGACAAUUAUUCCUACAUUUGCAUUGACGACAAGACGAAAGAGGCUGCUGUCAUUGACCCUGUGGAACCAAUCAAGAUUUUGAAUGUGCUGAGCCAGACUGGUGCAAAGCUUUCCAGUGUUUUCAUCACACAUCACCACUAUGACCACUCUGGAGGAAACAUAGAACUAGUUGCCAAAAAGCCAGGCUUAGCAGUAUAUGGCGCAGACGCUAGAAUUCCGGAAAUCAAUUAUGUCUGCAAAGACCAAGAAGAGUUCAAGCUUGGCAAUCUUCAAGUUACCCCGCUUCACACGCCUUGCCACACUAAAGGGCACGUUUGCUAUAGUGUCGUCGAUCCUACUACGGGAGAAAAGGCUGUUUUUACUGGAGACACCCUAUUCAUCGGUGGAGUUGGGCGCUUCCUAGAAGGAGAUGCCCGUGACAUGUAUCGAAUUCUCUUUCACGUUAUUUCGAAACUGCCUGAUGAUACUUGGAUCUACUGUGGACAUGAAUAUACGAAGACAAACCUUAAAUUUGCCCUCACAGUGGAUCCCAACAAUGAGGCGCUACUUUCAAAAUGGGCCUGGUGCCAAGAUAAAGCAGUGACAGUGCCAUCGACUCUUGGGCAAGAAAAAAUGUACAAUCCAUUCUUGCGGGUCAAUGAGAAUAGCUUGAAGAUGGCGAUUGGAAAAUCAGACCCAGUUGAAGUUUUACAUUCACUCAGGGAAAUGCGAAAUUCUUUUCGAUAAGUGAAUUCCAGCAUACCGUGUCGAGCACUUCAUUUUCCAUUACACACACUUAACAUCCUCAACCGCAACACCUCAUUUUCAAAGCUAUUAAUAAAUAAUGUACCCAGUGCACUCAGUGUUAGAUAGCAAUGGUAUUCUGUCGUAAACAUCCUUCAAUCGAAU